GGUAAAGAUGGCUCAGAAAAAGCCAGCCCUAGUGAUGAGAGGGCAAACGACUCACAGGCGGCCGAAGCAGCCGUCGAUGACCUAGACUUUGACUUCACCGCCAAAAAGAAGAAGAAGAAGAAGAAGACCACAUUUGAUCUGCCUGAUCAGGAUGAAGCGGCUGACAAGGAAAACGAGGGUGAGUUGGAUGACGAGUUCAAGGAGGAGGGAGCCGCCAGUUCUGGCCAAUCAAAAUGGCUCGACACUGAUCGAGAUUACACCUACGAUGAGCUCUUGGAGAUUAUCUACAACAAGAUCAAGGAAAAGAACCCCGAGAGUGAGUCCGGUACCAAGAAGAAGCUUGUCAUGCGCCCUCCACAAGUGCUUCGGGUCGGUACCAAAAAGACCUCUUUCGCGAACUUUCUUGAAAUCUGUAAAUCUCUCCAUCGCCAGCCAAAACACAUGCAAGCCUUCUUACUUACUGAAUUGGGUACAAGCGGCUCUGUCGAUGCUGCUAACCAGCUAAUCAUCAAAGGCCGAUUUCAGCAGAAACAAAUUGAGAGUGUGCUUCGAAAGUACAUCAAGGAAUAUGUCGCUUGUCAAACUUGCCGUUCUCCCGAGACCAUUUUGCAAAAGGAAACUCGUCUCUUCUUCCUUCAAUGCGAAACUUGCGGAUCCAGAAGAUCUGUCGCCAACAUCAAGAGUGGCUUCCAAGCUGUCACCGGUCGUCGUGCAGCGAUUCGCGCCCGAGCAACAUAA